AUGGAAAGGGAGGAGGAGGAGGGUCGUCAUCACCAGGGCUUAGGAUAUUAUGAUCAUGCUCAUCAUGUUGAUGAUGAUGAUGUUUUGAAGGAUGUACCCAUUGCAAGGGAAGAUCUGAUACGUGAUCAUCAUCAUCAUCAUCAUAUUACUAAUAGUCCUGAUGAUGAUUAUGAUGAUUAUGAUCACUUUGAUAAGGAUUAUGAAAUAAAUAAUAUGAUUGGUGAAGGUGGUUUUGGUGUGGUAUAUCGAUGUACACAUAGAAGGACUGGUAUAGAGAGAGCAGUUAAGAUUAUUAAUGCUGAUGAUAUUAAAGAUAUGAGAUUAUUCCAAAAUGAAUUGGAUGCUCUUCUUGAUCUAGAUUCCCCUUAUAUUGUCAGAUUACUUGAAUACUAUUAUUGCGAUGAUUAUGAUAAUAAUGAUGGUGACUAUUAUCAUGAUAAUAAUGAGAUCAUCAACAACAACAGCAGUGGUGGUGAUAUGGGAUUAUCACGACGCCAUCUCACGACGACGCACAUAGCAGCUUCUCAUAAUAAUGAUGAUAUACGGAGGCCCAAUAAGGAGGAGAAGGCUACUGCUACUACUAGUAGUAUCAUAGCAGCAGAGUUUGUUGCUGCAACUCUUGAUGAUAAUUUAACUGAUAUCAAUGAUGAUAAGGGUAGGACAUUCCUUGAAUAUACCUUCCAGCAACUAUUGGAUGAUAAUAAUAAUAAUAAUAAUAAUAAUCCUACUAUCCUACUAUCCGAUAAUAAUAAUGACCAUGAUUAUGAUGAUAAGAAGAAGAAGAAUGAAAAUGUUAUCGAUGAUUUCGCAUCCCCAUCUGAUGAUGAUGAUAGAGCUAAGAAGUGA